AUGUCAUCGCCGCGAGUGGGCGUGGUCAGAGACUCCAUGCUGACCAAUCCGCUUCUGAUCAAGGCUCCUCUGGGUCAGAUCCGGUCCCGAGGUCAGACUGUUCCUGGUCCAGAUUUCAUUUUCGGGAGCAGCAGCUGCUCGAUGGGAGACGGGGGCGUGUCCGAGGUCCUGUCCAGCUGGAGGGUCCAGCAGCAGGGGGGGGGGCGAGGCCACUCUGCUCCGGACCGGCUCCUCGUCCCAGACUUCCUGUCUCUGAACCGGGACGCCGUGAAGUCCGGCCUGGUGACGUCCAAAGAGCUCAGCCAAUACCGAGCUCAGAGGGGCGGGGCCAGGCUCGGCCACGCCCCCAAACCGCCUGGAGGAGGGUCGUCACGGCGACCAGCGGUGCCUGACAUCACGUUCGGGGUUCCUCCCUCUCUCGAUACCUUCAGGAACGAGGCGGCUCGUGUUCGGGCGUUCGAGGCUCAUCAGUGUGAGUCUGUGUCCAGGAGAGGAGCAGCAGGUCUGGGAGUCUACAGCCUGAACUGAGCCUCACACAUCUGGAGCCAUGAAGAGA